AUGUCCAAUCAAGAAUAUCGAUUAUCCGGUCGCUUAGGUGCCGAUUCAAUUAAAUUAAAUAAAUCAUCGUCGAUUCCUGAACCGGGUCCAGGACAAGUACAAAUUAAAUUUCAUGCUUGUUCUGUCAAUUAUCGUGAUUUGCUCAUCAGUAAAGGAUUGUAUCCAGUAUCAGCGAAAACCGAUAUCGUCCCGAUAUCUGAUGGUGCUGGAGAAAUAACAGCUGUUGGUGAAAAUGUUACUGAUCUGAAGAUUGGUGAUAGAGUGACACCUAAUUUUAAUCAAGAUCAUCUUCAAGGACAAUUAACAGAAAAAGAAAGUGCAGCAUGUCUUGGCAGUGGAUUGGAUGGUUGUCUUCGUCAAUAUGGUGUUUUUCGAGCUUCUAGUUGUGUAAAAAUACCUGAUUCACUCUCCUAUGAAGAAGCGUCUACCUUACCUUGUGCAGCAUUAACAGCCUGGAAUGCUCUCUAUGGAAACUCGGACAAACCUUUAAAAUCAGACCAUACUGUUCUCGUGCAAGGUACGGGUGGUGUUAGUGUUUUUGGUGCACAAUUUGCUUUAGCAGCUGGUGCAAAAGUCAUCCUGAUUUCAUCAACUGAUACGAAAAUCGCUCGAGUUAGACGAUUUCUUGUCCACAGAAAUCUUUCUACAAUUAAUUAUUCGGCAACUCCACAAUGGGGUAGAAGAGUUAAAGAUCUGACUGGUGGACGAGGAGUCGAUCAUAUUCUGGAAAUUGGUGGUGAAAAGACCUUAAAACAAUCAUGUGAAGCUCUAGCAUUUGGUGGUACAAUCAAUGUUAUCGGAUACCUUAGUAUGAUAGGUACUGGUCCAAGUAUGAGUGGACUAGAAAUUUUCAUCGCAGUAUUGUCGAAGAAUGCUUGUAUUCGUGGUCUUGCCAUUGGUAGUGUUGAACAAUUCAAUGCGAUGAAUGCCGCUAUUGAAACACAUAAAAUUAAACCAAUUGUGGAUAAAGCUUUUGAAUUUGAAGAUCUGAAGAAUGCUUUCGAAUAUCUAUCGGGACAGAAACAUAUUGGAAAGAUUGUUAUCAAAGUGCCACAAUGA